UUCUUGUAUUCUCUCGUUGCCGGCCAGCAGAGAACGUCACUAUGCCCUGAUUGUCAUGGUGGUCCAGUUUCGGUGUGUGCUAGGUGGACUUUCGGGAUGUGAUAGUGUUUAAUUGUGGACAAAAACUUUAAAUCCAAAGACAUGUUAAUUUUGCUAUUGGUGCCACUUUUGACCGGAGCGAGCGCGACCUCCAACGUGACCAUCGACGAAAUACCAGAGACUUACCUCAAUCUAUCAGCAGGAAAUUCCUUAUGGACGGCACUGCUGAAGAACUGCCGCCAGCCGACGAUGGCCUGCGUCGAAAAAACCGUCUACGAGUACUUGAAACGUACGGUAGAGACUCGGGAGGAUUUGCACGUGGUGCCAUUUGUUAAAAUGAAGCGGAACCAAGUGGAUUACGACCGGAUUUCCGGGCCGGAAAUCGGAGACUGGGAUGAGGAGGAACCCGAGAGCAGUCUGGAAGCAAUGUCCAGAGAUUUGCAUGGGAAAAGUGUCAAGUUUUUGAUGACCCAUGACAUGGAAGUGCAAUUACCAGAAACGAUGUUUCAAGGCAGUGUUUUGAAAAUCUCGCCGAGGGCUUUUGAGGGAAAUGGGGCUUUAGUCAAGCUGGAAAUUCAACCGAAAGAAGUACAAGGGAUUGCAGAAGGAAGACUCUUCAAGAAGUUGAAAAACUUCAUCAGCGAGAAACUCAUCUAUGCCCUUUUGGCGAUACUUUUAGUCAUUAAACUUCUCGCGGCCAAGUUUAUGUUUUUUAUGCCAAUGGCCGUGGGUGCAGUAACGGCAAAGAAACUUUUAAUCAAAGUACUACUUUUCCUCUUCCCUGCAUUGCAUCACUUCUUCAAAUUGUGCGCUUACGUACCACAUGGUACUAAAUACCAUCACCACAAGCACCACAUUUCCCAUAUCCAUCAUGUUGCGCCCCAUAAGCACCAUCAUCAUGGGCACCAUCACCCACACCCUCAUGACUCUGUCGAGGUUAUCCACCCACAUGCCGAAGGGCCUCCGGUGGUUGAAGGGCCCUGGCACCAUGGAGGCGCCUCCUUGCACCAUUCCAUCGAAAUCGAAGAGCCCCACAAGACCUACUACAAACCCCACGAGCAAGAAUUGGAGUACUACUCUGGAGGACCACACUUAUCUCACCAUUUUAUCAACCAUCGGCAAGACAGCCAAGAAGAUAACGAAGUGCAACCGGCUCAAGGCCACCGCAAUAAGAAACCAUCCAACCGUCCAUUAACACCCAGCGAAAUCGAAGCAAUGGUACUAAAAGCCGAAAAAGAAGCCAAACUGAAAGUUCGCCUCCAGCAGGAACGACACCGCAUCCAAGAGGAAAACGCACGCUUGCAGGAACAAUUAAAACUGGCCUUGAAAAUACAAGAAAAACUCAAACAACAGGCGGCCGUGGUCAAGGCAAAAUUACCGGUACCGCCGAGUACUAAUCUACAAACGCCAGCAAGCGAGCAAAAACAAGUCUAUUCGGCUAAAGUGAAACAGCCGGAAGUUGUACAACCGGAAACGAAAAAAGAACCGACGCCGUUUGAAACGGCUCUACACCAAGCCGCUGCGAUAACGUACGACCCGUUCUACAGCCCCAUUUUAGAGAAAAUUGAUAAGAUCUUGGUCGGCUUGGGCUUCAACGAGGAGCCGUGCAGGGAAAGGCUCAUUUGUAGCAUGUACAAAAAUCCGGUCAAGUUCAGUCCGCACAGUAAUCUCCUAUCAGCGGAAUUAAGCAGAGAUUCCAAAGAACUGCAAAAGCCCACAACAACCAACGCUGCCGUGAUCCGAUUCUAUCGCUACGUGCAAGCAGCCAGAGACGGCCAAGACAAACGUGAAUGCCUAAGACUUUAUCCAUCAUGUUCCAUAAAUACAGAACAAUAAGUGCAGUGCAGUGUAAAUAAAGCUCAGUCAUUUUGUAAAUAAUUAGUUGCUUUAAGAAAUCAUUAUGUUAUUGCUCAAUAGUGACGCUUUUGUAAAAAUAUUAAUAACAAAAGCAUGAGUAAAUCUAGUGUAUGCUGCUUAGUCUAAUUUCUAAGGAAAACUCUGGCUAGUCAGAGUCGGAAUUGUCGAGUACCUAAAUUGUUUUUUACUUUUUUAAGCGCUAGAGACUGUGAAUGGUUGAUCGAUCGAUUGAUAGUAACUUUAUUUAUUUAUUUAUGUAAUUUAUUUAUUUAAUUAUUUAUUGCCAACUGUAAAUUUGUAAAGUUAUUUAUAAUAAAUACAUGACUACAGGUAAAAUAAUAAAAUAAAAACUUAUACAUCAA